AAGCGUGUGGGCCAAAAAAACCAAAGGUGACAGACAAAUUAAAUGAAAAUGAAAUACUAAAAAGAGUCAAAGAGUGAGUGCGGUAUGAAUUUGCGAAUCACUAUUUUGUUCCCAUUUAAUAAUAAUAUUAAUAAUACUCCUUCCUACUCCAACUCCACUUUCAGAAAGAGAACGCUAAAAGACCAAUUUGACCUUCGAUCUUCUUCUUCUUCUUCUUCCUCUCUCCGAUUUGACUCUUCUUCAAUCCAUCAUCAUGAACGGAAAAGCCAACGUUACCAAAGAACUUAACGCAAAGCACAAGAAGAUACUGGAAGGACUUCUUAAACUACCAGAGAAUCGGGAAUGUGCUGACUGCAAAGCUAAAGCUCCAAGAUGGGCUAGUGUAAAUCUUGGCAUCUUUAUAUGCAUGCAGUGUUCAGGAAUACAUCGAAGUUUGGGGGUACAUAUAUCAAAGGUUCGUUCUGCAACUCUUGACACUUGGCUUCCGGAGCAAGUUGCAUUCAUCCAAUCAAUGGGAAACGAGAGAGCAAAUAGUUACUGGGAAGCAGAAUUACCUCCAAAUUACGAUAGAGUUGGAAUUGAAAAUUUCAUUCGUGCAAAGUAUGAAGACAAGAGAUGGGUUUCAAGGGAUGGGAAUCCGAAAACACCUUCUGGACUGCGUGAAGAUAAAUCUCCUUCACAUUUGCAGAGGCCUGCGGAAAAAAGUGGGCAUAGUUAUGCCACUGUUCACGAGAAUACUUUUGAGGAAAGGAAGAAAAUCCAGCCAUCAAAUGCAGUUCCUGCUACAAGACGUAGGGUUCCUGCUCCUCGCAAAGUACCGGAGCAGGUAACUCCUGCUACCCAACCUCAGCACACUGAGAAAGUGGAACCCGUUGCCCCACAACAACCAGCUGAAACUUCAAAGCCGGCUACAGACACAGCUCAAAGUACCCCUCCCAAAGUAGACUAUGCUACAGACCUUUUCAACAUGUUAUCUAUGGAUGACCAAAAUGAAAAUGGCUCCAAAGCAGCUGGUGCUACUACUGAUGAUAUUAACUGGGCAGGUUUUCAGUCUGCUGUGGAGGGGUCAACAACCGAGAAGACUGGCCCACCAAACCCAGUUGAGAGUACUCAGUAUGCACCUGGAAUUGAGGAUCUAUUUAAAGAUUCAAUUUCUUUGACACCAAGUUUAGCUCCAGCAAAACCACAGAAAGAUGUGAAAAAUGAUAUAAUGAGCCUCUUUGAGAAGAGCAAUAUAGUAUCUCCAUUUUCAAUGCAUCAACAACAGCUUGCCAUGCUAGCACAGCAGCAGUCUCUUCUGAUGGCUGCUGCAGCUAAAUCUACUGGUGUGGAUCACAAGUAUCCAACUGGCAUACAACAACCGAGUCCCAAUGUUUCUGUUCAAAAUUGGCCGGCUACUGGAUUGCCGAUAUCUGGAGUAAUGCCCAUGGGUGCUCAGGGAGAUAUGCAGAAACUUAUGCAGACUAGAAACAUGACUCCAGCUAUUCCAGCAGGGAACUCUGUUCAAUAUCCACCAUCUGGUUUCUAUGGUAUGGGACAAGUUGGUCCAGUCAAUGGUAUGAUGACAAUGGGAGCUAAUAAACCUCAAUCAACUCCAGUGUCGUCAACCACUUCCAAGUCUGCGAAGGAAUAUGAUUUUUCAUCCUUAACACAAGGGAUGUUUGCGAAACAAUGAUCGGUUUGUUGAACAUUGCUGGCUGUCAUGUAGCAUAAUAGAAAGAUUAGAUGAAAAUUACAGGAACUGCACUUUCUUUUUCAAUUUUUCCCUUGGCCAAUCCGUGGGUUGUAAACCAUUUGUGUAGAGCUAGUUCAGUUUUUACCACUCCUCUUGGGUGAUUUAUUCAUUCAUCUGAAGGUGUAUUCACUUUUUACAUUAAAAAUGAUCUUUAUUA